AUGGCUCCUUCAAGUGUCCAAGACCUCUUCGACUCGGAAGACCUAGUCACAAUCAACAGUGACAAGUCGAAACAACGAAACCGCCGAACUCCAACCCCAGACUUUGGGCUGCUCCGCCGUCUAGUACCCCUUGUUGCGGACGGGAAAACGGUCCACCUCAACGCCGCCUUCAUGCCCCCUUCAAACCUCAUCGUCAAUGAGGCGCUAUCCCGCUUCUGCUCCGAAGCACUCCGCCACCCCUCACCCAAGCCGUCCUGGAAGGAAGACGUCGAGGCCGUGAGGACGCUCCUGGCCAGGUACAUCAACGCCGACCCUUCGACCAUUGCCUUUGUGCGAGACACGACCGAGGGCCUCGGGAGCUUCAUCCACGGGCUGAAGUUCUCGCCGGGCGACAACGUGGUCAUCCUCGACUGCGAGCAUCCCAACCAGGCCUUUGCGUGGAUGACGCUCCGGUCCUCUGGGCUCGAAGUCCGGCUCGUCCCUACGGACCCCGAGGACCCCGCGGCCGCGGACGCGCAGACAUUCGCGCCCUACGUGGACGAGCGGACCAGAGCGAUCGGGCUGAGUUCGAUCAUGUUCCACAGCGGACAGUGGAACGACGUCGCGAGCGUGUGCGCGGCCUUCCGACCCAGAGGGAUCCACGUCCUGGCCGACCUCACGCAGCAGGUCGGCUUCGCAGACGUCGACGUCCGGGACCUCGGCGUCUCGGCGGCGGCGUUCAGCCUCCACAAGGGGCUGAACACCCCGACGGGCCUCGCGGCGCUGUACGUCGACACGGAAGUCAUCAGGGAGACAGACCCGACACCGCCGAUUGUCGGGUACGGCGGCGUGAGCAGCGUCAGCGACUCGGAGGACUUCAUGGUGCCCCAGGGGCCCGUCGUAUUCCACCCCACGGCCAAGCGAUACGAACACGCCAACAUGAGCUUCGUCUCGGCCGUCGCGGCGCGGGCGUUCCUGCAGUUCUAUCUGGAGGUGAUGGGGCCGCGGAAUGUCGAGCGCCAUCUGUACGACCUCGGCGACGCGUUACGGCGGUCCUGCGCGGAGAUGGGCGUCGGCGUCGUUGGCCCGAGCGAGAGGAGAUGGCACGCGCCGCACCUGCAUGUUCUUCGACUACACGAUCCGAGGUGGUUUGGGCGCUUGGAGGAUGCAGGGAUUGUCGCGACGAGGUUCCGAACGGGGAUUCGGGUCUCUUUCGGGUUCUACAACAGCCUGGAGGACGUGAAGCGGCUAGCGGAGGUGAUCAGGUCUGGGAUCCUGAGCGGCAUCCCGGCGUGUUAG